ACGCGCCGCCGCAGUAGCGAGGGUCGAGCAGCUGGUUAGGAAGCGGCCGCAGCUGGCCCGAGCUUCUGAGGCUCACAGGCCGAACGAACAACUGGUUGGUGCUUAGACCCCUGCCGCAGCGGCGGGUCCCUCCACGUGCUUUCGGCGGCGACAUGGAGCUGGAGGAGUUGGGGAUCCGAGAGGAAUGUGGCGUGUUCGGAUGCAUCGCCUCAGGAGAGUGGCCCACGCAGCUAGAUGUGCCGCAUGUGAUCACUCUGGGACUCGUGGGGCUGCAGCACCGGGGUCAAGAGAGUGCUGGUAUUGUGACCAGUGAUGGGAAUUCGAUACCAACAUUCAAAACACACAAGGGAAUGGGUCUUGUAAAUCACGUCUUUACUGAAGACAAUUUGAAGAAAUUAUAUACUUCAAAUCUUGGAAUUGGACACACGAGGUACGCCACUACAGGAAACUGUGAAUUAGAAAAUUGCCAGCCCUUUGUUGUUGAAACACUUCAUGGGAAAAUAGCUGUGGCACAUAAUGGUGAAUUGGUAAAUGCUGCUCGCUUAAGGAAAAAGCUUCUGCGUCAUGGUAUUGGUCUGUCAACAAGUUCUGAUAGCGAAAUGAUCACCCAGUUACUGGCGUAUACCCCUCCUCAGGAACAAGAUGACACCCCAGACUGGGUGGCAAGGAUUAAAAACUUAAUGAAGGAAGCACCCACGGCAUACUCGCUGAUUAUAAUGCACAGAGAUGUGAUUUAUGCAGUACGAGAUCCUUAUGGAAAUCGUCCUCUGUGCAUUGGUCGUCUUAUUCCUGUAUCUGAUAUAAAUGAUAAAGAAAAAAAAUCUUCAGAAACAGAAGGAUGGGUGGUGUCCUCAGAAUCUUGUAGCUUUUUAUCUAUUGGUGCAAGAUAUUACCGUGAAAUCUUGCCUGGAGAAAUUGUGGAAAUAUCCAGACAUAAUGUCCAAACUCUUGAUAUUAUACCAAGGUCUGAAGGAAACCCAAUGGCUUUCUGUAUCUUUGAAUAUGUUUAUUUUGCAAGACCAGAUAGUAUAUUUGAAGACCAAAUGGUUUACACAGUAAGAUACCGUUGUGGUCUGCAGCUGGCAAUUGAAGCCCCUGUGGAUGCGGAUUUAGUUAGCACUGUCCCGGAAUCUGCUACGCCUGCUGCCCUUGGUUACGCAGCAAAGUGUGGGCUUCCAUAUGUGGAGGUGCUAUGUAAAAACCGGUAUGUAGGAAGAACAUUCAUUCAGCCAAACAUGAGGUUAAGACAACUUGGUGUUGCGAAAAAAUUUGGAGUAUUGUCGGACAACUUUAAAGGCAAAAGAAUUGUUCUUGUAGAUGAUUCAAUUGUGAGAGGCAAUACCAUUUCACCCAUAAUCAAAUUGCUCAAAGAAUCUGGUGCAAAAGAGGUACACAUUCGCGUAGCUUCACCACCAAUUAGAUAUCCAUGCUUCAUGGGAAUAAACAUACCAACAAAAGAAGAGCUUAUUGCCAAUAAACCAGAAUUUGAGCAUAUCUCAGAUCAUCUAGGAGCAAACAGUGUUGUGUAUCUGUCAGUAGAAGGACUGGUUUCAUCUGUACAAGAAGGGAUAACAUUUAAAAAACGGAAAGUGAAAAGGCAAGAUAUUAUGGUUCAAGAAAAUGGGAAUGGUCUGGAAUGUUUUGAAAAGAACGGUCAUUGUACAAAGGAAGAUGUUAUGGUUCAAGAAAAUGGGAAUGGUCUGGAAUGUCUUGAAAAGAACCAUCAUUGUACAGCUUGUCUGACUGGAAAAUACCCUGUGGAACUGGAAUGGUAGCUGCUAGGGGCAGACACGAUGUUUCAAAACACAAAGUUAGUGGAGAAGUUAUAGUGGUUACACCUCCAUUUACUGUUACUCGGUACAGUGUGAAAUGCCACAUGCUUGUGUUAUGUUUUGAGAUUUUUUUCUGAAAAGGGUACCAAAGUGCUAUGAUUUCUUUAGUAAUCCUAGAUAAAUAUUUUGGUAUUAUCUAGGAACUUGGAUGAUCCUUUCAGUUUUAUUUAGUAGUUUAGUACUUUUCUUUUUAGAAAUCGUAUACAUUUAACUUCAGAUCAUCAACAGUAAUGCAAUGAAUCGGUAAAUUUCUGUUUAAGAGAGGAUUGCCAGGUACUCUACUCUCCCACAUGUUCUUAGAGAAUUUUGUGGAAUGUUUGAGAGUUAUGGAAAUUCAGUUAUGGAAUAUUUUCAUAAUUGAACCUUGCUAAUUACAUAUAAUACAACAAUAUGUGGUAUUCUUUUUUUUCGCUCAAGCGUUGGCUAGCCUUUUUCACCUGGUCAGAGAAGGCAGGUGGUCAGUGGCAUUUGCCAGGUCCAUGCUUUAAAGAGUUUGCAAGAGGUUAGACUAAGGUGUUGUGAUGCAAACAGGACAUGUGAGUUAAGUAUAACAUUUCAUGAAAACCUUGAAUCCAUUAUACCCCAAAGUUAUCUAGUAUCAAGAGUUAUCUUUAAAAAAAACAAAAAACAGAAGAAGCACCUUUUUGUGCCUCACUUUCCCCACCUGUGCAAUGAGGUGCUUAUAUUACUAAAUUAAAUAACUAGCAGCAGUUAUUUUGGUGGUUAGAGCCAUCAUUCCACCCCUCAGUUUUAAGACAGUGCAUGAUUAUUAGCUUUUGAAAUGUUGGCCGUUGGUCUGCAAUCGAGAUUUCAAGAGGGAGACAUACAGCAGUAAUUUGCAACCUAUCUUUGAGAUGCUCUGAGAAUGACUGUAAAAAACAUGGCUGUGCAAAAUAUUUUCCUACAUUUGACCAGAAAGUAUGAUCCAUACUACUUAGUGCCCUUAUAGUAGAAGCCCAGCAAGUAACCUGGUACAUUUGAAGUAAAAAAUAAUUUUUUAGAUUCUAACAAACCUUUUACCCUUAAUUUGAUUAUAUGCUUUUUUAAUGAAGUGCUUGAUCACUUGCAAAUAUACUGUGUAUGCAAUGAGAUGAUCAAGUAGAAACAUUGUAGGGGCCAAUUUUAAGGAACAAGGAGACAACAACUUUUUUCAAUUAGCAUGCUCGUCUAAUUCCGAGCAUCAACGUAUCACUUUUUCUACUUUGUUUUAUUGGGAUCUAAUGAAUUAGAUUUUUUUAAAGGUUUUUGUUUGUUUGUUUGUUUUUUAACAUCUGAGAUUUAAAACUUUAAAAUGACUUGCCCUGAACCCUUGUUUAUGUAAGAUUUUUAAAACAUAAAAGUGUUUGUUUCUGUGUUAUUACCAUGAUUUGGUGUACAUAGUGUCCAAAUCCACCUAGAAUUGUAAUAUUUAUUAAUAACCAUAAUCUUUUGUCUUCAUUUGGUAUUUAGUCUCAUGUGUUGUAUCAUGGCAGGCCAAGAGAAAAUGCUGACAGCUCUUAAAGCCCAUGUGCAGCGGGCAGCAGUGGGUCAGAUAACCCUGUGGUGGUAACACAAGCAAACUGGCAUCUGAAUAAAGCCCUGGGACCAUUUAUGUGUAUAGCCUCUUGCCUUAAAUGUAUUCCUCAUGGCAGCAUAUGGAGGAGGCAAGACCUUAUGGGUCAGUUUUGAACCAGCCUUACUUACUUUGAUUUUUUUAAAAACAAGAGACUCAGGGAAAGUACUAAACCAAAAUCUCUGAUUUGACUUUUGUGUUUUCCAUAGUUUUUAUUUUGUUUUAUUGAGAUGCUUUUAUAAAGGAAAAUGGUACUGUGACAGUUUGGUAAUUCUACAAAUUUCUUACUCUUUCUCCAUCAUGGCCUUUUAUUUCACAAGUUUCUGAAGUGUGAAUUACAAUUUUAUACCAGUGUAAUCUCAAAUGUUGUUUAACUGCUUUAAAUUUAUAUAGGUAUUGUAAACUGCAGAGCAAAUGAGAAAUGUGUUUUCACAGGAUCUAUAUUGUGUACUAAACUAAGCCUACUUUUUGUGACUUCCUUGUGAUGUGCUGGUGACAAAUAUAUGUAAUGAGUACAUUUAAAUAUGCGUGUGUACUUUUUCUAAAUAGUGACUUUUAGGUAGUGCAUUAUGGUGAACAGCACAGUGACAGUCACAUCCAGGAUCCAUUCUUGGCACCAGCUAGUCAUAUCUUAUUUCUCUGGUUCAGGCAUUUCAGUAAAUAGACCAUCUCUGAUGAGCCAGGCAAAACUACUGGCUGAGUAGGAGGGACAAAUAAAAUAAUUAGAAAUGCAGUGCUAAGUAAGCACUAUGUUAGUGCCAAGUUGUGUGGAAACACUAGCAAGAAUAGGGAAGGUGUCACAGAAGAGGAGGCUUAGAUUCCCAAACUGCGUGUGUGUGUUGGGGAGGAGUACUUUUUAAAAUAAAAAUAAAGUAGGUACAUGAAUAAACUGUGGUACAUCCAGACAAUGGAAUAUUAUUCAGUCCUGAGAAGAAAUGAGCUGUCAAGCCGUGAAAAGAUGUGGAGGGAACUUAAAUGGAUAUUACAAAGUGAAAGAAGCCUAUCUGAAAAGAGUACAUACUGUAUGAUUCCAACUAUAUGACAUUCUGGAAAAGGCAAAACUAUGGAGAGAAUAAAAAAGAUCAGUGGUUGCCAGGAGCUGGUGGGGAGAGAGGGAUGAAUAGGUGAAGCACAGGGGAUUUUUAGGAUAGUGAAACUAUUUUGUAUGUUACUAUGAUGGUGGAUACAUGUCAUUAUAUAUUUGUCCAAAUCUGUAGAAUGUAUGACACCAAGAAUAAAC